AUGUCGACUGUUGUUGACGACGGCCUGGGGCGGCGGUUGCAAGAUGGCGCUCCAGAGGAAGUAUACGACGCAAUCUCCCAGGAGCUGUCACGAACAUACCGUCCCUACAUGGACAUCGAGCUCCUGCCCAGGGGGUACGAGACAGAACUCGGGAGUUCCUUUUUCGUCAAGAAAGGCCACCGCCUGGCGAUACCGAAAUCUCGACUCGUCCAAGCAUUCGCAGUUGCUCGCCGGAUACUGCUCGCAAGCCACCUGGACGAGCCGGGCAGAACAUGCGCCAGUGAUGUCCGCAGAGCCACCAGCGUCAUGUUACUCCUCGACUCGGAGCACCUCACGGCCGCCAACGCGAGAAAGCGGCUGCUGGGACAGACACGGCCGGCGAACGAGCGGGAGACACAGCUCAAACGGGAAAUGUACUUCGUGAACAGCCUGUUGUCAAGCCACCUCCAUCGACACGCGAAGUCGCCCAUCCUCUGGGCCCACAAGCACUGGCUGCUGCGGCAGUACGCCGAGGCCAGGAUACCCAUGGAUCUGCGGCACGACUUUGAAAGCGUCAUCCACGUUGCCGCAGAGAGGCACCCCAAGAACUACUACGCAUGGACAUACGCAAGGGACCUCUUCGCGUCCAGGGCCAAGGUGCACGCACGCUGCUGGGACGCGCAGCAGGACGAAGACCUUGUCCAGAUGACAGCCGGGUGGUGUCGCCGUCACCACGACGACAUCUCGGGAUGGUCGUUUUUGCUGCGCCUCGCGCUGGAGUCGCCACGACACGCACACGACAUGUUUCGGCAAACGGCCACGCUGGUGCGCACGUACAGCUGGCGCGGGGAGUCGGUAUGGAAUUUCCUGCGCAACCUCGUGCUGGUCCCGGCGCUCAGAGACGAUUCCGAGAUCGAGCACAGUUUCGUCGACCUGUGGCAGCACGUGCGGCAGGACGUUCAGCAUGUCCAGGCUCUGGAUGCCAAAGUUUUGGACAGAGCUGCCGACUGGGUCGGGAUACCGUCUUGCCAGCGUAAUACAAGUUGA